AUGAACAGUUGGUUUUGGUCAACAAUAUAUCAUACACGAGAUUUUCCAAUCACCGAGGAAUUAGAUUAUUUUUCAGCAGGACUUACUAUAUUGUAUACUCUAUUUUAUACCGUAUUGAGAGUAUUUCAAAUACGCAAUAAACAACAAACUAUAUUAUGGGCAUUACUCUGUAUUUCAGGAUUUUUAGCACAUUGUUCAUAUUUACAUUUUAUUAAAUUUGAUUAUGGAUAUAAUAUGACAGCUAGUAUCAUUAUUGGUAUGUCAAACAAUUUAAUUUGGGUUGGUUGGUCAUUAAAUCACUGGCAUAAAAGACCGGAUGACGCAUGGAAGCCAAUUGCACUUGUACUACUCAUUUUAUCUGCUAUGUCACUAGAAAUAUUUGAUUUCUCACCUUUGUGGGGAAUUCUUGAUGCACAUUCCUUAUGGCAUGCUAGUACUAUUUUUAUAGCAUCUUUUUGGUAUGAGUUUAUAAUUGAAGAUGCUAAGAUUGAGAGUUUCCGAGAAAGCAAAGGGAAAAAGAUUGAUAAAAAUUAA